AGAGAAGGGGGGUCCUCAGGAGGAGUCUGUCUGGGACCCUAACACCCAGAGAGAGAGGAGAAAGGUGGUCUUCGCUGAGGAGGAUAAGGAGGAGGAUGAGGAUGAUGAUGAUGAGGAUGAGGAGGAGAGUGGGUCCAGUGAUGAUGAAGAAGGUGACAAUGAGGACAGUGACCAGGAGGAAGAGGAUGAGAAAGAGGAUAAAGACAAGGACAACCUGUCCAAGUUUCUCAAAGUCGCCAGGGCCAAAUCUGAUGUGACAGUAGAGCCUUCAGCUCCUCCUGUGAAGAAACAGAAAGUGGAGAAUAAGAACAAGGAGCAGCAGGAGCAGAGCGGAGAGCUGCCUGCGUUCGCCGACAGUGAAGACGAGCUGGAGGUGAGUGAGGAAGAGGAGGAGAGCGGAGAGGAGGCUGGGAGAGCAGGAGACUCUGGACACUGCUCUGAAGAGGACGAGGAAGACGGUGAGGAAGAGUCUGAAGGUGAAUCAAUGGAAGAGGAUGCAGCUGACGCUACAAUGAAGAGCGGCAGUGAGGAGGAGGAGGAAGAGGAAGAAGAGCUAGGGGCUCUGAAGUGGAAGGACGGUCUGCAGCAGAAAGCAUCAGAAGCGUUUCUACGGCAACAAGCAGCUAUCCCCAAUCUGAGAAAACUGGUUUAUGGCUCAGUUGUGGCGGCAGAUGACUCUGAGGAGGAGGAGGAGGAGCUGGGGGGGCUGUUCAGAGUGAGCCGCCCUCAGAAGAGUAAAAGGUUCCGGGCGGAUGCUGUGGACUGCUCCCGCUUCACCCCUGACUCCGCCCACAACUGGGACCUGGAGGAGAUGCUGAACUCCAUCAGGGACUGCUUUGUGACGGGGAAGUGGGAGGAGGGCCAGGAUGCUGCCACGCUGCUGAAGGAGGACGAGGAGCUGUACGGUGACUUUGAGGAUUUGGAAACGGGACAAAUUCACAAGACCAAACCUGGAGAUCAGGCCGAGGAUAAUGAGAACGAUGAAGAUGAUGACGAUGAAAAAGAAGAGAGUCUGGUGAAGGUGGAUGAGGAUGUGACCCUGAAGACCAAGCGUCUGGAGAAGAAACAGAGGCUGAAGGAGCGAUUCGAUACGGAGUACGAUGACGGAGACGCCACGUACUUUGACGACCUGAAGGAGGAGCUGCAGAAGCAGGCGGAGCUGAACAGGGCGGAGUUUCAGGAUGUGGACGAUGAGACCAGAGUGCAGUACGAGGGCUUCAGGCCGGGGAUGUACGUCAGAAUAGAAAUCCCCUCCCUCCCCUGCGAGUUCGUCACCAACUUCGAUCCCCAUUAUCCCAUCAUCCUCGGAGGCCUGGCUUCUGCGGAGGGCAAUGUGGGAUACCUGCAGAUGCGUUUGAAGAAACACCGCUGGUAUAACCGCAUCCUGAAGACCAGAGACCCCCUCAUCCUGUCUCUGGGCUGGAGGCGCUUCCAGACCAUCCCCCUGUACCACAUCGAGGACCACAACGGGCGCCACCGCCUGCUCAAAUACACGCCGCAGCAUAUGCACUGUGGAGCCUCCAUCUGGGGUCCGGUCACACCGCAGGGAACAGGCUUCCUGGCUCUUCAGACAGUAGCAGGAAUCAAAGCUAACUUCCGUAUUGCAGCCACAGGAGUCGUCCUGGACCUGGAUAAGUCUGUGACCGUAGUGAAGAAGCUCAAACUCAUCGGUUACCCCUACAAGAUCUUCAAGAAUACCAGCUUCAUCAAGGGCAUGUUCAACACAGUGCUGGAGGUAGCUAAAUUUGAAGGCGCUUCUAUACGAACAGUAUCAGGGGUCAGAGGUCAGAUCAAGAAGGCUCUGUCUACACCUGCUGGAGCUUACAGAGCCACGUUUGAGGACCGCCUGCUGAUGAGUGACGUGGUGUUCCUGCGCUCCUGGUUCCCGGUGACUGUUCCUCAGCUUUACAACCCCGUCACCUCCCUGCUGCUGCCCGUCAGUCAGAAGGACGGCUGGGCGGGCAUGAGGACGCUGGGCCAGCUCAAACAUGACCUGGGCAUCCGCAACAAACCCAACACAGACUCUCUGUACAAGGUAGGCCUGAACACCUGGCCCAAUGAAAGAAUGGAGAUAAGGAGCAGUGCAUUGCUCUAA